ACGUGGCAUGGGAAGUAUAAAAGGGCGGACAGGGGGACACUGGCAGACGACUAUCAGUUGUGUGUUGACUGUCUGUGAUUGUGCUUGCUCUUUUGUACGAUGGCCGAGUACAAGUUCUAUUAUUUUAACGGACGAGGAUUGGGAGAUGUUUCUAGACAGCUCUUCGCCCUAUCCGGCACCAAAUACGAGGAUAUCCGCAUUGAGCAUGCAGACUGGCCAGCUCAAAAACCCAAAAUGCCCUUUGGCCAAAUGCCCGUGCUCGAGCUCAGUUCGGGACUCCAAAUCCCACAAUCCAUGGCGAUCGCCAGGUACCUCGCCAAAAAAUUCGGCUAUGCCGGAAAAACCGACGAGGAGGCAGCGCUCGCCGACGCCCUCAUCGAUCAGUUCAAGGAUUUCUACGCGGAGAUCAAGCCAUACUAUUACGCGAAAAUCGGCGUUCUUCAGAAUGACACCGAAGAGGAGAAGAAGAAGACGCUGAUUCCAGCUAGAGACAAGUUCCUGACGAUUAUCGGGAAGUUCCUGAAGCUUAGCAUCUCCGGAUUCUUGUUCUCCGGCGGACUUACCUAUGCUGAUUUGAUGAUUUGUGAUAAUAUGAGAACCCUAAUCGCGUGGUGGCCGGAAUACUUGAACGAGUACCCAGACAUCAAGGCCUGGUACCAGAAAGUCGAUGGAAUCCCGGAGAUUCGCAAGCAUCUUGAAUCGAGCCCGGAUAAGGGAUUCUAAUCAUUUUCUGAAUAUUCUGAUUUUUUCGCUUUGGCCAAUGGAGCAAAUAAAUUUGUGUGUACUUUUCCUUCCCAUCAGACAUAAAUCGGAAAGA